AUGAUGUUCUUGGAUCCGUCAAACGCAAUGAGCCAUGGCCUCAUGUUCGUAGCACGCCAACGAGAACGAGAGGUUGCUACCAAAGGUGUCACUAGCACUCGUCUUCCUCCUCCUACCAAUGGGAUGGAGAAACGCAAGGCCAAUCAUAGUGCCAAAGAUACGGCUGCCAUUCAAACUCUAAUCGAAGAAGCCAUGAAACUCCAAGAGGAGUUGAUCCAUGGACUCUCCUUACGCAUCCACCACACAGCUCAGCUUGCGGAUCGAAUGCAAGGAGAAGGAGGAGAUGCUGAACAACACCUGGUAUGUGUUUCCAUGAGAAAACUCAAAGUGGUUCAACAAGAGUACAUUCAAGCGCUUUUUUGCAAGCGAGCUCUAGAAACCUUGAGCGAGCACCACGAAUAUGGCCUCGUCACUCUCAAAGGAGUCGAGAAAGAGAUCAGGGCAAUCACAAUGUGCAAUGAGAGCAACAAGAAAUCCACCAAGACCACCGCCUCCAAAUGGAGCGAUGAUGAGCUUCUAUUGCAACUCAAGAAACGCAAGUUCUUUCCCAUUCUACGAAUUGAAGAUGGCAGUGUUGCCUUUGGUUGGACGGACAUUCCGCCCUUUUGCAAUCACAAUGUGGCCCGUCAACGAGCCAUGGAGGUUGCCACCAAGGGAUUCACCAAGAUUCACAUUCCAAUGGGAUACGAAAAGAUUGAGAACCCCUGUACAGAUGCUGUCUUGUUGAUUAGCCAAGCAGAGCAACACGUUGUGGAAUUCAACAAGCAGCUGCACAAGCUUAAUUUGCAAAUCCAUCUUUUGGUGAAAGCUGCCACUGGAAGCCUUGAACAUGGCAACUCUGUCGAAGCUUGCUUACGAAUGAAAGAAAUGGAAUCCAUUCAAGCAGAGUACUUGGCAAUCUUAAAGGUCUUGGAAGGAAUCAAGGUUUUGGUAUCUGACAUUCAGCAUGGGGUCAUCGACCUUAAUUUGGGAUCACAAACCUUGGAAGAUAUUUGUGACUUGAGCAAUAGCAAUGUCGAAGCCGAGGAAGAUCUAGGGGAUGAAGAGUAUCUUUCGAGGCUGGAAGAAAAACAGUUUUACCCAAGACUCUUUUCACUGGUCGGUGGAGAAGGUGUCAGGAUAUUCUACAGAGCCACAGCACCCGACAAGAAGGGAGCAUCUGCGCCCAAAUCUAUCGAAGAGGCCCCCAACAAGACGCGUGUUUCCUUUCAAAUGCACCAACCAAGAAGGGAGAUGGUUAGUCGUGUUGCUUAA